GAAAAUUUCAAUUUCUUUAGAACACUAAGAAGAAAAUAAUCUGAAGAAAUUGUAAAUUUUUCGAUUUUCCUCAAAAUAUCCACUUAAUUAGCGUACAGAAAACAACUAAAACAAUGGAUUCGUUGGGUGAAGUCGGAAAGAAAAUGCGGUCUGCAAUUAAGGCCAAAUUAGUAGAAUUAGGCAAUGCAAGCUCUACGGGAUAUAUUGACGACGAACUACCCGAUUAUGUUAUGAUAAUGGUAGCAAAUAAACGUCCAAAACAGCAAAUGUUGGUGGAUUUGAACUUAUUUCUGGGUUCCAACACAGAAACGUUUGUGAAUUGGCUACAUCAAGUUUUACAGAAGCUUCAAGAAGUUACAUUGCCAACAAACUUGGCAACAAAAGCAAAGAAGAAGAUCAGUGAAACGUCAAGUAAAAAGGAUAAGAAGAAAGAUAAAAAGAAACAUCCAAAAGAGCCAUCAAUAACUGAUGUGAUUGCAGUGGAACUAAUGGAAAAGGCUAAAAAGACCAUUGACCCAAAAGUCAAAUGUGAGAAAAGCGAAAAAUCAAGAACACCAUCACCUCCGCCUACACAAGUUAUUAAUAAUAGUAAUUCAGAUAAGCAGCCUCAAACAGUUUGUUCAUCACAAGCAUGGAACAGCAAUAAAAGUGAUGAUGAUCUUAAUAUCCCAAAACUUAGUGAAAUAAGAUUUAAUAAAAGUAAUGCUAGCAAUCUAUUGCACAAAGAACUUGGUGAUCUUCAGAAUACUGAGAAGAAAAUACAGGAACUAAAGAAAAAUCGACGGGCUAUUUCAGGUCCAGAAGAUACAAAUAAUAAAUCGAAGGAAAAGGAAUUGCCUGAUGACGAUGAAGAAAUGCAGUUUGAAGCUUCUCCAGAAAUUAAUACAAGUCAAAAAGAAAGGGGAAGUGUAAAGUCGAGAUUAGGUACAAAGCAAACAGAAGUCACUAAUACUAAUAAUAGUAACAAAUCGGGAAAUAUUAUUAGUUUAUCGGCAAUACGACGAUCAGAAACAGAAUUUUUAAAGAAGAUUGUCGUUAAGCAAAAAGAAGAUAAUGAAAGAAAAGUUGAUGAUUAUAGAUCAGUAAGGAACAACAGACAUGACUCAAAUUCAUCUAGAAACUAUAGUCGUCGAGAAAGACGUUCAAGAUCUAAUUCUCGUCAUAGAAAUAGAAGUGAUCGAAUUGAUAGAUUUAGAAGAAGGUCACGAUCAAGAAGUCCAAUAAAGUCGCAUGAAAGUCGAUCUCGUUUAAGUAUUAGAGACAGAAUUGGCGAUAAGAUUCAGCCCAUUUCGUCAGCAGUAGUUAAUAGAAAGCAUAGCAAAACUCCUGAAGUUCCCGAUGGAAAUUUCAAAGUAAAAUCAAGACCAACUUUAACGAGUUCAAUUUCAUCACAUGCCGGAAAAAGUAUGUUAUUGAGAGCAAUGGCAGAUGCUCAACGUUCAACUCAAGUUCCAUCAGAUGCUAAGAAGAGACAACGCGACAAUAUAACAGUUCAAGUUAAAAAUGAAAAAAGGAAUCAAUCUCAUUUAAAUGAUGAGGAAUAUGUCCCUGAAUCAAUUUCAGGACAUUCAGAAUCAGAGGCUGAAUAUCAUCCAACAUUUGUCAAAAAUCAAGAUGGUGGUGAAGACGACGAGGAUGUAAUUUAUUUAAAUAAUAAUGAUGACGUUGAUUUAGACGAUUUGGAUGACAAUAAUGAAAUGCCAAAAGCAAGUCCACAAUUUAUAGUUACAUUAGAUAAUAAGGACUUGGGCACAAUAACUCGAAAAUCGAAAUCUAAGUCUAAAUCACACUCUCCAACGCCACCAAAGGUUAUUAAAAGAACCAAAAGGACACCUGUAAAGGAUAGAAUUGGUGAUCGAGUCAAUAAUAAUCGUAAUUCAGAUGUUAUUGCCAAGGAACACGAACAUCGUUUACGAAAACGACAGCUUAAGGAAGUGGAAAUGGAAGUUGAAGAAAGUGAAGCACAACGAGCUUACAAUAAAGUCAAAAAGACUCGCGUAUCACCAAUAAAGUUCGAUUUAACUGACGAAGAAGAUGGUCGUAACUCUCGAAGCAGCUCUAGGGAUCUUUCAGAAAAGAAAACUUCAAUUUCCAAAAAUGAUUCAGACCUUAACGGAGAAGAGCACACAAAGCGCAUCAGAUUGGAAGCAAGUCGAAGCUUUGAUCACGUUCCAGCAUUGCUCAGCUCGAUAGCAGUUCCAGUUCCUGAAAGUUCAAAACCAGUUGUUGUGACAAAAUCAAAAGAUCGAUGCAAAUUCUAUCCAAAUUGCUCCAACACAAAUUGCAUUUAUUUCCAUCCCACACUGCCUUGCAAAGCGUUUCCCAAUUGCAAGUUUGGUGAAAAUUGUGCUUACACUCAUCCAGCCUGCAAGUUUGAUAGGUCUUGUCAUCGCAUAGACUGCAAUUAUACUCAUUCAACACCAAUUUUACCUGCGUCAACGCCAGUCAUAGCAUCCUCGAUUGUUCCAGUUCAGAAUUACAAGUCAAUUACACUAACGCCGACAAUGCAAGUAUGCAAAUUUUUCCCAAGCUGUACGAACUCAAAUUGCACUUAUCAGCAUCCAAAAGUCUGUAAAUUUGGAAAAGCUUGUGCAAACAAGUUUGAAUGCAAUUUUUAUCAUUUCGAGACAGCAAGCAAAAGCAAGUUUAGAUGGGUAUCGUCUACAUCAUAAGAGAUUGAUUGAGGAUUCUGGACUUAAUAGAACUUUAGAGAUUUUUAAUAUUGAAUAAACUGUCCUUACUUUAUGAAAGUAAUUCUAAGAGCCGGUCAAUAUAGCAUAUAAGCAUAAAAAUUUAUGUAAAUAAUCAUAAAAUGAUUUUUAAGGGAAUUGUCGUUGUAUGACUUGUAAUCUACAUCACUCACAAUUCUUUUGUGGCUUGAUCAAUUAAAUUAAUAC